AUGUAUAUGUUCACAGUGUAUCUUUCAGUUCCUCUCAUUACUCCUCCUGUAUUGGUUAUACCAGUAAUUGAUGGACAACAAAUAUCAUUGAAUAUCAGUAUUGAUGUCAGUACACUAUGUAAAGGACAGUAUCCUAAUAGUAUAACAGUUAAUAUACUGAAUACUGACAAUGCAGUAAUAAACAGUGCCAGUAUAUCAACACAAGUUAAUGAUCAACUGAUGAUUACUGGAGUAAUAACUGUACCUAACAUAGAUACAUUUUUUGUUAAUGUAUCAUUCAGUAACCUUGGAGGAGAAUUGUCACCUACACCUUCUUUUGGAUUUGAUUAUCUUGGUCCAGUUACUAACAUUGACUCUUCAAUUGACAACUGUUCUACUAUUGAUAUAACAUGGACUGCUCCUACAGUUGAUGAUAGAGUAUCUAUGCUGUACUAUAAUCUCAGUAUAUAUGAUGACAUUACUAAUCAGUUCUUGAGGAGUGUAUCAGUAUAUGAUACCAGUUAUCAGUUUGAGGAUAAUGAUUUAUUUAGGCAUCGUUAUACAUAUGUUAUAACUGGAGUUAAUGAAUUAGGAGAAGGAAUAUCUAAUAAUGAUACAUUCUCAUAUCAAAGAGUACCAAGAUCAGUUGAAGAAGCUGCUUCAAAUAUACUUGAGAUAACAUUUAAUGAGACUAGUGCUACUGCUUCCUUCAAUAUACCAAUUACAUUGGAGUGUACUGGUGAAGCUCCUGAGAAUGCUACAGUUACAAUAGAGUGUAAUGAAAUUGAUGCUGUAUAUUAUAGUACUAAACUAUUGGAAUAUGCUAGACAACCAAUGAAUAUAACAGGAUCAGUACCAGUACUACUAAAUCAACGAUGUAAUAUUACUGUUGUAUUUAGUAAUGAGGCUGGUAGUAGUGAACCAUUUAUACUAGCAUUUGACACUACUCCUAUAAUCAAUCCUACACCAUCACCUACUGGUACUACAUCUCCUGAUCCAAUAUUAACUAUACCAGAAAUUAUUGGAAUUAGUGUUGGUGGUGCUGUACUACUGAUAUUAAUAAUACUGAUAAUAGUGAUGGUGGUGGUUAUAUGCUGUAAGCUGAGAAAAAGUAGAGAUGAAGAUACCGAUAAUGGAAGUGAUAAAGAGGAAAAGGAGCAACAAGAAACUAAGUUUUAAUUAAUUCUUUGACAGUCCUCAUCCAGACUGGUUGCCAAUCUGUGUUUUAUAGGAAGUAGUUUAAUGCAAAUUAGCGAUUUUAUUAAUACCUUUAUUUGCUGCUGUAAUUGUAAUGUGAUGAUAUUGUUAUUAUAAUAAU